AUGCCCACGUUGGCUCCCGCAGUGUCUCUGCUAGCGCGUGCUAUUGGGGUGACUGCAAGACUGCGAGUGCUGUUCCGGGCAAGAAGCGUUCCUUGCCAGCAAGUGGGAUUGUGCGCUCUGAGCAUUCUACACAAACUGAACCUUGGCUAUCGGCAUGGUGACCCAAGAGAAUCGCAAACCCCGGCAAACCCCGCCGUCACUUGCUCUAAGGCAGAGCCUGAUGGCGGCACUUACACCAAAGCUGGGCCGCAGCAAGUCGACGGCCAAACGCUCAAUUGCAACGGCGGCACAACCUGCGACAUCUUGCAAUCUGUAUCCGUCUCCGUUUCUUCAUCUCUCACGAAUGAGAAGUCUGUGACCCAUAGCCAGGGCGAUAGUUUGUCUGUGAGUAUGAUGGCUGGGUACAUGAUCCUGGGCCCCACGGCGACUGUUACGGUUGGAUACACACACGAUUGGUCCACCGCACUUACGGAAGGCAUGGCCAUGACCGAUACGCGCACGACAACGAAGACUCUGACGCUGAGCAUCCGCCUUGUUCCUGGUGUCGACUUCAAUGCAUGGUUUACCCCGACGCUCAAUUGCCAGCCGUUCAAGAUCACGUGCAACGACGUUGAGCAGAGCCUUGAGAAGUGCGAGCCGGUUCGCGACAGCAACGGUGACCCUGCUGGCGACAGUGGCAUCAUGGCGAUUGGCUAG